CAUUUUUCGGCAUCAUUUUUCUUCGCUCCUCGUCCUCGCGCGGCUUCCAGCUUCAUUUUGCGACAUCGAAAAAGGUUCUUUCCGGCGAAAGAUCAGCUGAAUUACAUCGUUUAGAUCACCGCGGCGCAGGUCAAAUUCACCAAAAAUGUCGAAGGCUCAUCCCCCAGAGUUGAAAAAAUACAUGGACAAGCGACUGUCGCUGAAGCUUAACGGUGGCCGCGUUGUGUCCGGUAUUUUGCGAGGCUUCGAUCCGUUCAUGAACGUGGUCGUCGACGAGAGCAUCGAAGAGUGCAAGGACGGCACCCGGAACAACAUCGGCAUGGUGGUCAUCCGAGGCAACAGUAUCAUCAUGGUGGAGGCACUGGAUCGAAUAUAAAACAACAACAACCGCACUUCAUGCGUAAUUUCCAUAUUUACUGAUAAUAACUUACUACAACGCUAGCACUAAGACAUGUACCGGUCCGCGGUGAAAUAAAGGGACCUCUUUUGUGAACUAAUG